UUAAUUUAGAGUUCGGCAUAAGAUACAGAAGCUUCUGCCGGGACGGGAAAGAUUAAAAAUUACAGGCAGCGGUUGCCAAAAUUUCCUGCUAGUGUUAUUAUUGUAUUGUUGAUAUUGCUAAACAGCUUACCUUUUAAAAAUUGGGGUUGGUGUUUGUCUAAUGUCCCAAUGAUAAGAUUAGUUGGUUUUGUUCUUGUUUUUUUUUUAAAUUUCAGAUUUUCCAAUAAUUAAACGCCUCUCUCGGGAUUGAGUCUAAAAUCUCCUUCUCCUUUAUUUUUUUCUCUUUUGUCUUCGACUGCUGGAAACCCUUCUCUUCUGAGUUUCCUGAUAUAGCUGCCACCCACAUCCACAGUCACAACAAUCUCUCCUCUUUUUUCUAGGGUUUCUAAAAGUUUCAGUUUCUCUUACAGGAACUCAUUUUCAGACCAAACUCAUCAAGUUUAAGACAUUUACUGUAAUAAAAAUUACUGUUAAUAAAACGAAAAGCCAUGGCGGUUUAUUACCCAAGUAAUGUCAACUGUUACCAGCAAGAACCAAUCUACCUCCUCAACCAUCUUCAUCAUCAACAACAACAACCUUCCUCCUCCUCGUCCUCCGCCGCCGCCGCAUCUUUCGUCGGCGGAGAGAAUGCUCGAAACGAGAUGGUUUUCAUUCCUCCAACCACCACCACCAUCGGAGGAGGAGACGUCGCAGUAGUAACCGCUCUUCCUCAAAAUCUCAACGGAGACGACGUUCCCGUUUCGAGCAGCGAGCUAACCUUCCGCGACGGCCGAGGACUGUCUCUAAGCCUCAGCACCCAAAUAUUAGACUAUCACCACCAAUACCAACCUGGUCUCAGUCUCACACCAAAUCCUUCGAUCUCGGUUAAGGAAACGCCGCCGUUUAGCAGAGAGAUGUUGUUGCUGGGUCAAUCUGAUCCUUCCUCCUCCGGUUUUGCUGGAUUCUACAACGGUUAUCGGUAUAACGAAACGUCAUCAGGAGUGGGGUUUAUGAAUAUGAGCAGCGUUCUGCGUUCUCGGUAUCUUAAACCGGCUCAGAGUUUGCUCGAUGAAGUGGUUAGCGUCAAGAAAGAGUUAAACCAGAUGAGGAAGAAGAAGAAAGGUGAAGACUUUAACAAUGAGUCUAAUGGGAUAUCAAUAGAGUUAUCUACAACGGAACGUCAAGAGCUUCAAAGCAAAAAGAACAAGCUUUUAUCAUUGGUUGAUGAGGUAGAUAAAAGAUACAACCAAUAUUACCAUCAAAUGGAAGCAUUAGCUUCGUCGUUUGAGAUAGUAGCGGGGUUUGGAUCAGCCAGGCCUUACACAUCAGUGGCUCUCAACAGAAUCUCUAGCCAUUUCCGCUCUCUUCGCGACGCGAUGAAGGAGCAGAUUCAGAUGAUGGGAGAGAAGCUUGGGGAGAAAGGAGGAGAGUUUUCAUUAGAUGAGCAGCAACAAGGAGGGGAGAGGAUACCGAGAUUGAGGUAUUUGGAUCAAAGGUUGAGACAGCAGAGAGCUUUGCAUCAACAGUUUGGGAUGGUUAGACCGUCUUGGAGACCGCAGAGGGGUCUCCCUGAAAGCUCUGUCUCUGCUCUUCGCGCUUGGCUCUUUGAACAUUUCCUUCAUCCAUACCCGAAGGAAUCUGAGAAAGUGAUGCUUGCAAAGCAGACAGGACUGUCGAAAAACCAGGUUGCAAAUUGGUUUAUAAACGCGAGAGUUCGUCUAUGGAAACCGAUGAUUGAAGAGAUGUAUAAAGAAGAGUUCGGUGAUGCGUCUGAGUUACUAAUACCCAAGUCUUCUCAAGGACCCCACAUCACCACCAACCAAGAAGACUCCUCGUCGCAGCAGGAGAACAAAAAUAACAAUCUCACUUAUUCAUCUGCAGAACCUAAACCAAACCGUACUUCAGGCAAUGAAGAUGACCAACAACAACAACAACAGAUGAAUCGGUCAGCGGAUUACGAUAGUCUAAUGAACUAUCACGGGUUUGGUCCUGAUGAUUACCAGCAAGACAGCAGAUUCUCCAAUGGCCAUCACUUGCACGACUUUGUUGUCUGAUAAGUUAAUACAACCGCUCUUGAAACGUAUGACACUAUUCUUGAAGCUCAAGAAAUGUGCUUCUUGCAUUUUUAUAGAUAGGCAUAGAUCAUACACGCAUAUCAGUGGCUUAUAAAGUAGAUGUGUAGGUUUGCUUUUGUGUAUAGUACACUUUUGUAACGCCAAAUAUUUGAUGUGUGUGUGUAUAAGAUUUACGGUGGUUUAAGUAUGAACACGGGAGAUGGACUUUUUGACUUU